AUGGCAGCCCCCGUUCGAUCGAGGUUGCCACGGCGCGAAGCAAUCUGGAAGGUAAACGAUGACCCCAGAAAGCUGGAUUCGUUUUAUGUACAAUUCCUCGGACCUGGGGGAGACAGCAUUUUGACGGAUGAGACCAAAUGGCUUGCUGUUACACAUAAAAGCUUUGAUCAUGGGAGGAGAGGAUUCAAUGAUCGAUUAUCGUACCUAGGCAAACGUAUCGUCGAGCUUCAAAUGAGUCUUGCGCUCCUGGGAUCAUCUACUCGGGAUGUCUUCAAGGUGGCGAAAGACCCACACGGGCGCACACCAUUUCAACAUCCUGCUACUGAAGGCAUCGAGGUUCUCAAUGGUGGUGCUAGAGCACAUCUUUUGCAUCAUUCACGAAUAUCCGAGAUGUCGCAACGAUACGGACUGCAGCACGUGGUACGGUGGAAUCCAAGAAAGCCUGAAAGUCUUCACGCAUCUGGAUUUGAAAUGGUCCUUACACAGGCAGUCUUUGCCAUCGCCGGAGCUGUUGCUCUCGAAAGAGGAGGAGGCGAAGCAAACCGGAUAGUAAGGGAACGAAUAAUAGUUCCGCUGGGAGUGCGGUCACAGAUACUGGAACAUUCGAAGGAGGAGCUAGUUGAAUAG